AUGGCUGACAGUGAGGUAAAGGCUCGACGUAAGCUAGAGGAAGCUGAGAAAAAAUCCCGCGGAGGUGGUGGAUUUUUGGGCAAACUAUUUGGUGGAAGCGGUGCCGAUGAAGCUGCCGAUCUUUUUAUACAGUGCGGAACUGAAUCCUUUCCUGGAUCUGCAAGCUCAACAGAGGACAACGUCUUGGAGGCGAAGGACAACUUUGAUUUGGAUGAUGGCGAAUUCUCUCCUAUGGAAUGCGACGUAUGCUACAGAGAAUUUCCGGAUCUCGUAGCCUUUGAAUCACACUAUACGGAAUCCCAUUCUCAUCAAUGCACUGCAUGUGCGAAAAUGUUUGUCAGUCAGCGAGCAUUAGAAGUCCACAGCGACGAAAAACAUUGUCCUUUUCAUUGUCUGCGCGUAGAAGUAGAUCUGAAUGGACGCCACUACAAGUGUUACAACGAAAAUUGUGAUCAUGCUUACACGAGCCCAGUGGAGAGAGACCAACAUUGCUACGAGAAGCAUAACAUUAGCACUAUUGAGGUUUCGAUUGAGAAACGAAAACUUCCAAGAAGAUUGAACGAAGCUGGAAAUUUGUUCAAGAUGGCGAAGCUGUGGAAAGAUGCUGGUGAUGCAUUCGUGAGGGCAGCCGAAAUCCAUGGAUCGAAGAGUGACUCGAAGCACGACUGUGCUAGCCAAUACGCAGAGGCUGCAAAUUGUUAUAGGAAAGUUAAUCCUCAGGUGGCAGUGGACUGUCUUUUAAAGACGUCGGAAAUUUACACCGACAUGGGACGUUUCAACAUGGCAGCGAAGAACCACGUCGCAAUCGCAGAGUUGUUCGAAAGUGAGUGUCCGGACACAGAACAAUGUAUUCAGCAUUAUCAGAAAGCUGCCGAUUAUUACAAAGGGGAGGAAGCUAAAAGUAGCGCCACAAAGUGCCUCAUCAAAGUUGCACAGUAUGCAGCACAACUGGAACAAUACCAAAAAGCAAUAUCAGUAUUCGAGGAGAUUGCAUUGUGGGAAGCUGAUCAUCCAACGCUAAAGUAUGCGGCCAAAAACCACUUCUUCCAAAGUCUCCUCUGCUAUUUAUGCAUAGAUCCACUAGACGCUCAGCAUGCUCUUAAGCGAUAUGAAGAUGCUUCACCAUCAUUUGCCGACACUCGUGAGGCUAAACUUAUCAAGGAUCUGAUUGCCUGCCUUGAAGACGGCAAUGAAGAGUUGUUUACGGAUACUGUGAAGGCGUUCGACAAAGUAAGUCGACUUGAUCAAUGGCACACCAGCUUGCUGGUGAAAAUUAAACGGGCCAUUAGCAAGGAAGAUGAGGAGGAUCUCAAAGAUAAUAGUAAUAAAGAUUCCAGCUACAUGAGCGAUGCAGAAAUCGACUAUUGGCGCACAAAAUACUCUUUAUUAGAAGAACAAUUUAAACAGCAAAAAAACAGAAACGAAGAGUUGGAGGAGCGACUACUGCAUAUGGUUGAGAAGAUUGAGGCCGAAAAGAAACAGCUAGCAGAAGAAAUCCACACUCUUACCAGGAAACUAGAACAUCUAACGAGCAAGGGUACGUGCACUGAAAAUGGUGACACGAAUGAAUCUUACGAGCCAGAGGAUCCGUCAAUUCCGCGAAUCGAUGUGCAACUUUCGCGGACAUCUAAGCAGAAGGUAAUUUUGGGCUCAAGGAGCAUGGAUUCUUCCCACGAAACGAAAGGUUGUCACCACUUUCCUGUUCUUGCUUUUGAAGAGGGUCUAAUUUACGGAUUCCGAUGGGUGAAAGGUAGUGUUGUGAAGAUUGUAUAG